GUCCGCUUUCGGUAACUCUGUUAUUUUGAGAAAUGACAUGACAUUGACGUUUAUCUUUUUGUUUACCAAACUCAUGAUGAAUUGUGAAAAUUAAAUCCAAUUGAGAGCCAAUUCAGCUACUUUUUCGUCUCCGUCACACGUAUAAGUUCAGCAUUUGUUUAAUUUUUCCCAAAUACAAUGAAUAAAGUUGUGAUAUUUGGCUCUACUGGCAUGACCGGCCUUUGUGCGGUCGAAGCUGCAGUUAAAAAAGGUCUAAAUGUGAGGGCCUUUGUUAGAGACCCCGCUAAACUACCCGAAAAUUUAAAAAGUAGUGUAGAAGUCGUUCAGGGCGAUGUUCUCAGCUAUAACGACGUUUUAAACGCUAUUAAGGGUGUGAACGGUGUGGUCGUCGUCUUAGGGACACGCAAUGACUUGAAACCCACAACUGCACUAAGUGAAGGAAUGAAAAACAUUAUCAAAGCCAUGAAAGAAGCUAAUGUGGAAGUUGUCUCCGUGUGUUUAUCAGCAUUUUUGUUUUAUGAACCUGAGAAGGUCCCUCCAAUGUUUAAAGACUUGAAUGCGGACCAUCAGCGCCAAUUUGAUGCAUUAAAGGAGUCUAGUUUGAAGUAUAUUGCGAUUUUGCCACCACACAUUGCUGACCAACCAGGGUCAGAUUAUGAGGUGAAACAUGACGCUUCUCCAGGACGGGCAAUUUCAAAAUACGACCUUGGAAGGUUCCUAGUGGAUUCCCUUUCCCAACCUGAACAUUAUGGGAAAGUUUGUGGGAUUUGCACAAAACAUUAAAAAUUUAGGACCACUGGAAGCUGAUUGAAAUGAUAACGUAACGUAAUUCAAGUGUUUAUUGACACAAUCAAGUUUAAAACGAAUUUACAACUCAAAUAAUUUAUCAAAAAUAAUCUAUUUGCACUUUUUCAUAUGGCAGUUGAGUCAUAAAAUUAGUUUUCAGUGUGCCAACUUUUGUACUGAAUCAUAAAUCUUUCCUCAUGUAAGUCUUCACAUUUUGAUUAAAACUGUUGGCGGGCAGAGGGGGCGGUUUUGGUGCCCCUUGGAAAUCCUCCUUGGUUUUAUUUUCAUUUUUACAAUUAAUGGUGCUAGUUAGGGGCAUGCAGUUACCGUAUAUAGAAAUAGGUUGACAUUCCAUGUAACCCAACUUAUUGUAAAAACCUUCUUGCCCUUUAGUUGACAAAUAAAUUGUUUUUAGUUGUAAAAAA